CAUUGCUCAUCUAAGCACUUCAUCCCUUUCCAUUCUUUUCUUUGUUUGUUUUAUUUAUUUGUAUCAUCAUCAUGAAGCUUUCACUUUUCGCUCUGGCAGCAUCCUCUCUUCUCUGGCUGGCCCAAGCUCUUCCUGUCCAUGACGUCAACAGCAGCAACAUCGUCGCUCUGGAUAAGCGCGCAGAUCACCACGGUAGCGACAGCAGCAGUAGCAGCAAGUCUCACCAUAGCACAUCGUCAUCAAGUGAAUCUGGCCUGGUGUCAGGGAAACACUUUGAUCGCGUUGUGAUCAUCAUUUUUGAAAAUAAGGACUACGAAACGGCCAUGGAGAACGACUAUUUCAAGUCCUUACCAAGCCGCCACAACGGUGUUCUAUUGACCAACUAUCGAGGCACAUCACAUCCUUCGCAGCCCAAUUAUAUUGCUAUGAUCAGCGGCUCAACGGAUGGUACGGACGAAGACGACGAGUCCAAUAUCGACCGCAAGACAAUUGUCGACUUGCUCGAGAAAAAGAACAUUUCAUGGAAGUCAUAUCAAGAAGACUACCCUGGCGGUUGUAACAAGGAAAUGGAUAUCGACGGUUAUGCUCGCAAGCACAAUCCAUUCAUUUCAUUCAAAAACAUCCAAAAAGAUAAGAAGCGUUGUGCUCGUAUUGUCAACAGUAAGCAAUUGGACAAGGACAUUGAAAACAACAGUGUGCCUCAAUAUGUCUUUUACACUCCCGACAUCAACAAUGAUGCCCAUGACACAGACGUCGAUUAUGGCGCCAAGUGGCUAAAGAAGUUCCUCGAGCCCCGUAUCAAGAAGUCUGCAUUCAGCGAAAACACCAUGUUUGUCGUGACCUUCGAUGAGGAUGAUAGCAAUACCGAAGAGAACCAUGUCUACACGGCUAUCUUUGGCCCUGAUUGGAAGGGCGCUCCCACGUCUAGCAAGGACAAGAAGGAAUAUGAUCACUACUCCUUGCUUCGUACUAUUGAAGACAACGUAAGUACUAUAAUGACACCCUACAUGUUCGCACAUGCAUUUAAAGUGUAACCAAUAUACUCACUCGCUUUCAUACAUAUUCUUUCUAGUGGGAUCUCGGAGAUCUCGGCGAGGAAGACGAGGACGCUGAACCCUUUGAUUUUUAAGCAUGACUUUCAUGCUCUCAAGAUAUGUAGAACAGCC